GUGGCUCCUCCUCCUCGUGGCUGGGCGAGCGAACGUGGCAGCCGGCGGAGGCGGCCCUGGCCGAGCCCGCCCCUCCAUUUUGCACCGGGCGCCGAGCGGGAGGCUGAGGACAAAUUUUGAAGCACCAUGGAAGGUGUCCUGUGAGCAGAAGAACCAGCAGCGAGGCAGGAUUGUGUCACUGAAAAAAGAAGAAGAAGAAUGAUGGAAGAGAGUGGGAUAGAGACAACACCCCCCACGACCCCCCCACCCACUGCCACCUGGGCUGCCUCUCCUCCUGCACCCCCAGCCUCACGAGCAGCCCCUCUCCUUCUUCCAAAGGACCCCCCUACUUCCUCUUUUCCCUCUCCCGCCUUCUCCCCCACCGCACCCCCCCUGGUCUCCCCCCUUCCUCCUGCACCCCCCGCUUCUCUUUUGCCUCCUGCAGCCAUUUGCACAAGCCCCCCUCCUGGGACCGCCAGCCUGCCCUCCGUCGCUGCUCCGAUGACCUCCACUUUUGGUAACCCCAUGACUCAGUUUCCCGCAGUUGUGCCGCCACCGCGAGUUGCUCCCGGGUCCCAGGAGUUUUCCGUGCCUCCCACUGGGCCUCCAAUCUCGGGCUUUUCCAUGACUUCCAGCUAUGACAUCACAAAAGGCCACGCGGGACGAGCACCCCAGACCCCACUGAUGCCCUCCUACACGGCUCCGCCUGUCACAGGUGCCUUGGCAAGCCCUCUGUCGCAGCCGGUCCCUCUGCCUGCCUCCCCCUCAGCAAGCGGCUCUUCCAUCACUUUCCCAGAGGAUCAUGGAGACCCCCAAAGCAUUGGGGUGUACAAUGAGGCAUCUGCGGGAGGACUCUGGGGCUUCAUAAAAGGCGUGGCUGGCAAUCCUAUGGUGAAGUCAGUGCUGGAUAAAACCAAACACUCGGUGGAGACGAUGAUCACAACGCUGGAUCCUGGCAUGGCCCCCUAUAUCAAAUCAGGAGGAGAGUUGGACAUCGUGGUCACCUCACUGAAAGAGGUCAAGGUCGCUGCAGUGAGACAAGCUUUCCAGGAUGUUUUUGGUAUGGCUACCGUAACAGGGGAGGACGGCCACUCCAACAUAGCCCCCCAGCCUGUUGGCUACGCAGCUGGAUUGAAAGGGGGUCAAGAGAGGCUGGACAGCCUACGCAGGACUGGGGUCAUCCACCAGAAGCAACCAGCCGUGUCCGUGGAGAGUUUCAUCGCAGAAUUGCUCCCCGACAAGUGGUUUGAUAUUAGCUGCCUGAUCCUGGAGGAUCCAGUCCACGGGAUUCACCUGGAAAGCUUUACUCAAGCCACACCGAUACCUCUGGAAUACAUACAACAGGCGCAGAGUUUGACUCCUGAGGACUACAACCUCCGGUGGUCGGGUUUGUUGGUGACGGUGGGCGAGGUGGUUGCCAGGAAUGUGCCGCAUGUAAGCCGCCCUGACUGGCACGCGGCGUUCACGGGCAUGUCCCACCAACAGAUGAUCUAUAGCGCAGCCAAAGCGAUCGCAGGGAUGUAUAAGCAGCGUUUACCCCAAAGGACCAUUUGAAAGGAAAAUCGAAAAUCCCUUUCCGAGCCCGAGAAGAAUCCAUGGAAGCAACAAGCAUUUUUACUGCAGGGUUGGGAAGGGAGGGGAAAACACUGUUUACUCACAGCUUCUCAUCCUGGUGCUAUCACCUAGUACGUUGGGCUGGAGCCUCCUGGGUUGCAAAUCAGUGUUUUUGGAAAGGCACCAGGUUGCAGAAGGUUGCAUUAAUGAAAAUACCUUCAGGGGGGCGCACAUUUCAAGUUAAAACGGUAAAGCUGCUGAUUAAUAUUAGUCUGUCAUUAGAGCUGGAGAAGUUCCAUUUGGAAUAAUUGGAAAUCCAAAGUCAGAAAAAUUCGUUUCUUGGUGUUUUGAAUGUUUGUAAGAAUGGAUGAUGGGGAUGAAUACUUGGCCUGGUGAAAUCACCCCUUUUUAAGUUUUUUAUCUGUCUUGUCUUCAUCUUAGGGAGUUGAGAGAGGCAGAGGCAACCAAAAUGGAAUUUUAAAACAGAGGGGGAAAAAUAUCCCAGAUUUGUCUAUUAUCUUGCAAAAGUUUAACCCAGAUCCAGUGACAACUCAUUCUUGGGCUCUUUUGCAGAAAUCUUCCAAAAUAGGGCAUUAUGGAAUAGUUGUAAUUCAGGGUUUUUUUCCAUAUAUUUUUUUUCAAGGUGAGUUUUGUACGAGACCCUAGUUUAAAUCGUUCAUUUUACGUGAAAGGCUUUCUCUGCCUUUGAAACUGAUCAGCUCAGACAUACAGUUCAAAUUAUGGAAUUUAAAACGCUGGUUUGAAACAAUUGAACUGUUCAGUCAAAUUUAAUCCAGAGAUUUUAUUGGUUUUUUAAAAACAUUUUUCAGCAUUUUCUUCCAACAAAUUUAUUCAGGGGAAUUGCCUUCCCAUCACAUUUCAGAAUCAAAAUUUGCGUAGCCAUCUUAUCAGAGGUUUAAUAGAAGUCAUUACGUGAUAUUGUCCGUUGAGUCUCAAGCCAUAUUGCAUGUAGCAAGGAUGGUGCAGGGCCGCCAUUAACACAAGCAAAUAAAUUGCAUUUUGUUUAGCAGUUAAAUGUAACCGCUACUUUCACAAAUGCAAAUUCUUAUCCCUUUUCUGUCUCUUAUUCUCUUAUCUCCUAUUCUGUACUUGGAUGCUGUCAAUUCAUAUUUAUAAACUUCUAAGGAAGAGAAUAUUUUGAUAACGUUUAGUACAAGCUUCUCAAUUUAUAUUGCUUAACCUUUCUCUUUUUCUAGAGGCUUUCAAAAUACAAUUUUAUAUAGAAUACCUGGUUAGCCAGUUUCUUAAUAUUUUCCCAAGAAUGUUAACUUGUUUUGAUGUAAAUCAGAAUUAAAUCAAUACUGCUCCAGUAAAA